AUGGCGAUGGUAGCACAUGGAGGUGAAAACCCGCAGGAACUAGACCCCAGAAUCACGGAGGAGCCAGGGGCCGAACCCGUGGAGGAGUUAGAGGAGAUCGUGGUGAUGGAAGAGCCAUUACAAAAGUUGAAGGUGGGAAAAAACCUUCAGGACGUCACGAAGAAGAAGUUGGUGAGGUUUUUGAAGGACAAUCUAGAUGUAUUUUCUUGGAGUCACGAAGACAUGGUGGGGAUAGAUCUUGCUAUCAUGUGCCACCAUUUUAAUAUCGCCCCCGAGGCAAGGCCUGUUAGGCAGAAAAGACGAGCACUUGACUCGGGGAGGUAUGCAGCCUUAAAGGAGGAGGUUGACAAAUUGAAAGUGAAUGGGUUCAUCUGCGAAUCAUUCUAUCUUUUAUGGUUGAAGGAACACUUAGGGAAGACACCCUUGUUGGCUAAACUUGAAAAGGGCGAAAGACUAUACUUAUACUUAACAGUAUCCGAGCAUGCCAUAAGUGCUGCCCUAGUUAGAGGAGAGAAAAGGCAUCAGCAACCCGUGUACUACGUCAGCAAACGAUUGGUAGUUGCAGAGAACCAAUACCCAGAGAAAGAGAAGUUAGCAUGCGCAUUAGUCAUGGCCUCAAGGAAGUUAAGGCCCUACUUCCACGUCCAUGCGAUCGAGGUACUCAUCGAUAGCCCUUUAAGACAGGUCUUGCACAAACCUAAAACCUCAGGGAGACUAAUGAAAUGGUCGAUUGAGUUAAGUCAAUUCGACAUCACAUAUACCCCAAUGACCUCCAUGAAUGGGCAAGUGCUAGCAGACUUCAUAGUGGAGUUCACCUAUCGACCAAAUGAAGAAGGAGAUGCAGGAGAGGGACAGUCGGUCGAAAAAAUAGAGGAAAGGAAUGGAGACUACAUGUGGAUGGAGCAUCCAAUGAAUGGGGAGCUGGAGCAGGUGAAGGGUGAGUAUCAAGCAAGGGGCCCUAAGGUGGCCGCAUAUUUAGAAAGGGUAAGAGGCUAUAUAGGGCAGUUGGAGGGGUAUGGCAUAGAGCAAAUCCCAAUAGAGAGGAAUACCCAUGUCGACGCCCUCGCAAAGCUGGCUUCCACUAAGGAUGCAGAUGUCCUCGAAUCAGUAUCUGUGGAAUACUUACCAAGGCCAAGCAUCAUUGAUUCAGACGUUCUUAUGGUCAGCAUCCCAAAGGAGUCAUGGGUGGACCCAAUUAUAAGGUUCCUGAAGGAUGGUGCUUUGCCAACAGAAAAGAAGGAGGCUCGAAGGCUGGUGUAUAAGGCUGCCUGGUACACCUUAGUAGACAAAAUCUUGUAUAAGAGAGGGUUUUCUAUGCUGCUCUUACGAUGUGUUGGUGAGGAGGAGGCGAUGAAAGUUCUAUAUGAAAUACAUGAGGGCGAAUGCGGCAACCAUGCGGGUGGGCCAUCCACAACCAGGAAAGCCAAGAGGCAAGGGUACUACUGGCCCUCCAUGGAGAGGGAUGCAAGUGACAUCGUGAGAAAAUGUGACAAAUGCAAGAGACACGCAAACUACUCCUGGAAAUCCCCGAAUGAGUUAACUAGCCUGACUAGCCCUUAG